GCCCCAGGCCCAGGGCUGCCGAGAAGGUUCCCAGCAGCCCUUGCGGCCAUUGAAGGUGAGCCGGGUGCCAUGGCCUUCUGCGCUCCCCCGGCCUUCCUGAGCCACCAGCAGAAGGUGCUGCGGCUGUAUAAACGGGCGCUGCGCCACCUCGAGUCGUGGUGUGUCCACAGGGACAAAUACCGCUAUUUUGCUUGUUUGUUGAGAGCACGGUUUGAAGAACAUAAGAAUGAAAAAGAUAUGAUGAAGGCCACCCAGCUGCUGAGGGAGGCAGAAGAAGAAUUCUGGGAAAAUCAGCAUCCUCAGCCCUAUAUCUUCCCUGACUCUCCUGGGGGUACCUCCUAUGAAAGAUAUGAGUGCUACAAGGUUCCAGAGUGGUGCUUAGAUUUCUGGCAUCCUUCUGAAAAGGCCAUGUAUCCUGAUUACUUUGCCAAGAGAGAGCAGUGGAAGAAACUGCAGAUGGAAAGCUGGGAGCGGGAGGUUAAGCAGCUGCAAGAGGAGACCCCACCUGAUGGUCCUAAGACUGAAGCCUUGCCUCCUGCCAGAAAGGCAGGUGACUUGCCCCCACUGUGGUGGCAUAUUGUGACCAGACCUCGGGAGCAGCCAGUCUAGACACAGGGCUGUCCCCUGUUCAUGCUUGCAAGUGAAAGAAGUUAUGCAACACGUACACACUUGCCCUAAUAAAAACAACUAAACAUGGUCAGCA